AUUAAAUGUGUUUUUUUUAAUGAACCGAAGUCAAGAAAAGCUCAAUCUCCCCAGUGUUCUCAAUCUGUCAAGGACCUCAAGCCCCCCAAUCGUUCCCAAUGGACCCCAAUCCACUUGUCUGACUUUAAUUUGUUCAAACCCUAAGUCGGUGACGAACUGUUUGUUGGCUCAAGCUCGCGAUUUCUCAAGCACACACAUUUGAUAUGAGUAGCACUAGGCAGCGUACCCUUGGUGGCGUGGGUCAUCAUGUGUUGGACUAUUUGAAGCGCACGCAGGCAGAGAAUCCUGCUUUCUUUUAUGCUGUCCAGGAUGACAAUGAUCACUCACGUGGGAAUAUAUUUUGGGCUAAUGCAACAUCCAAAAUGAACUACUCUUAUUUUGGGGAUGCUGUUAUAUUGGACACAACCUAUAAGGCUAACCGCUACAGGGUGCCAUUUGCCUCUUUCACUGGGUUUAAUCAUCAUGGGCAACCUGUGUUAUUUGGUUGUGCAUUGAUUCUCAACGAAUCUGAGUCCUCAUUUAUAUGGCUAUUCAGGACUUGGCUUCAUACCAUGUCUGGACACCACCCUGUCUCCAUUACAACAGACUUGGACCCAUUCAUACAAGUUGCUGUUGCCCAAGUUCUCCCUUCAACUUGCCAUCGAUUUUGUAAAUGGAGCAUAUUCAGAGAAACCCAAACCAAACUGGCUCAUAUAUGUCAAUCAAAUCCUGCUUUUGAAACUGAAUUUAAGAAAUGUGUUCAUGAGAGUGAGACAAUUGAUGAGUUUGAGUCUUAUUGGCACUCGUUCGUGGGAAGAUUCUAUCUCAUGGAUAAUGAAUGGCUUCAGUCAAUGUACCAUGCACGACAACAUUGGGUCCCUGUCUACUUGCGAGACACUUUCUUUGGGGAGAUAUCUUUAAAUGAGGGAAAUGAAUGUUUAAACUUGUUCUUUGAUGGAUUUGUGAAUGCAUCCUCCACUCUUCAGGUAUUGGUUAGACAAUAUGAGAAGGCUGUGUCAACUUGGCAUGAAAGAGAACUAAAAGCAGAUUAUGACACUACUAAUAGCAGUCCAGUUUUAAAAACACCAUCCCCUAUGGAAAAACAAGCUGCAAGUCUUUACACGAGAAAGAUAUUCAUAAAAUUCCAAGAGGAGUUAGUAGAAACUCUUGCGAAUCCUGCCACGAAAAUUGAUGAUUCAGGAACUAUCACUACUUAUCGAGUUGCCAAAUUUGGAGAAAACCAAAAAUCUCACAUUGUCACUUUUAAUUCUUUUGAGAUGAAAGCUAGUUGCAGCUGUCAGAUGUUUGAAUAUUCAGGAAUUAUUUGUAGGCAUAUAUUGGCAGUCUUCAGAGCUAAGAAUGUUCUCACUCUUCCAUCUCAGUAUGUGCUUAAACGCUGGACAAGGAAUGCAAAAACUGGUACAUUGUUAGAUGAACAUGCAUCUGAAUUGCCAAGUAGUUCUUGUGCAUCUGUAACAGUUCGUUAUAACAAUUUGCGUCAAGAAGCAAUCAAAUAUGUUGAAGAAGGUGCAAAAUCAAUCCAAAUCUAUCAUGUUGCAAUGAGAGCUUUGCAAGAAGCUGCUAAGAAAGUUUUUGCCAUAAAAAAUCAGAGUUCUGGAACAGCAGAGGGAGCUACACUAACCAAUGGAGGCCGGGGUGAAUUGCUUGCAGCAGAUGAUGUUCCAAGUUAUCAAUCUGUGGUUGAAUGAAGAGGAGGCUAAAAUGGGUGGACUUUGAUGAUCAAAUCUUGAGAAUAAGUGGGUUCACACAUUUUGGGUUGGGAGCUCUGUUACAGCUUACUACCUUGGUUUGGAGUUAUGUUCAGGGAGACCACAGUGAGUGGUGAUGGUGAGUGCUGAUUUGGGCUUAUAGAUCUCUCUCUCUCUUUCUGGUUUAUUUUUAUGAAAGAUUGUUGUGGGCCUGUGAUGCAUGGUUGUUGUUUGGAUGAUGAUGGAGUUCGAUGUUUCUGAUGUGGUGGUAGGACUUCAUGCCAAUUACUAUUUGUUUUAGUUGUUUAUGAUUCAAAAACUUAUUAAUUAUAUUUUAACAAUAAAGAUAUUAAAUGAUCAAAAGAUUUUUCACAUUUUAAUUCAUAGUUAUGGCACAUUUAUUUCUAAUUGAAUUAAAGUGAGAAAAAAAAAUUGCAAAUCCAAACAUUGAAAGCAUGACUUCUAAUUUAGCAAGUAGUUGUGUUGGUUAGUUAGUUAAUUGGUCCCAUUUUAAUGAUGAGAUGGAUUGAAUUGAUGCUAGUCUAGAUACAGCAGAAUAAUUCAAGUAAUAUAAUGUAUCUUCCCGUAUUGAGUUAAAUGGUAACUAAACAAAAGGGUCUAUUUGCAUAUUUGGUAAAAUAUGAUUGAGAUGAAUUUAAAGUUGAUGUCAUGUUGCAAAAGGUCAAGUUUAGGGAGGCUGAACAUACUUUUUUCUUAAAACUUGUCUCCUAUUUAUAUGAUUUGUAUGUGAAGAAUUCAUAUUGCAUAUGUUUUGGUUAUAACAUGUUUAUUGGCUUGUGAUUAACUUUUUCUUUUUUUCACUGUUUUUAUUCUAUGACUAUGUUGAUCUUCUUUUCCCGUCCCCUCAUUAUAUUUUAGAAAUUGAAAUUGCUUUGCUAGUAAAUUUAAAUUGAACUUCUUAAAAUUGGGCAUGUUGUCUUGGACAUGGGCCAAAUAAGGGACACGGUGUUAAUGUCCCCUUGUGUUUUGUGCUUAUCUUGUUGAACAUUUAUUAUUAGGCUAUAAAUAUAAAGUUUCUUUUUUAACUAUAAUUUAGUAGAAUUAUGGCACAAAAUUUUUAUGUAUUUGCAUAAAUGUGCACAUAUUAUUGUUUAAGAACUAAGAAUCUCUUUUUGUAUGUGGCUUCUAUGUUUGUUGAUACACAUGAUAUUACAAAAAAUACCCUUUGGAUUCUAUGCAACAGGCAGAAAAGCAAAGGAAAAUCCAAGAGCUGACUGCUGAGUUAGAGGUUACUAACCAACGAUGUGACGUAUAUAGAGAAAACUUACUGGCUGUGCUAAGGGAUAUGGAAGAACAGAAGUUAAAGCUAUCAGUGAAGGUCCAAAAUGCAAGACUUAGUUUGAAAGAGUGAACGCAUCAAUUGCAAAGGGUUUAAGAUGUGGCUAUCCAUUUUGAUUCCUCUUAGGGUGUUGUGUUGAUAAAAAUUGAAUUGAAACUGAACAUAUUUUUUUUUAUUCAUCUCUGAAAGGAAAUUACAAGAGUUUAUAUAGAGGUAGUUUCUCACUAUCUCU